AUGCCCAUCGUCCAGCGCCACGUUCACAGCCAGGAGAAGGGCUGGGAAACCGUCUCAUUUGCCAUCAACUGCCCGCACAUGAGAGCCUUUCUGUCCGACGCCCUGUCCGAUUACCAGGACUUGGACCCCGACCUGGAGGGCUGGGCCUUUGAGCCUCCCUACAAGGCCCUUGUCCACCGCUGGGAGCGCCUUCAGACUCUGCACCAGGAGCUUCAUCACUCGGAAGGCGAGCCUGAAAAGAAGAAGGCCGUCGACCAGCUCGUCCAGUUCCUGCAGCCUAUUCUCGCUCCGUCGGUCGAGGACCUGGCCGCGACGCGGGAGACGGGCAAGGUCCGAUACAGCAUGCUCUGGCAGAUCUUCCCGCCCGGAGAGACGGUCCUGACCAAGUUCUGGGGCGUCGAGACCGUUUGCCGCGUGGUCAAGUACCGCAAGGCCGACCCCGGCGACCGCCCGCAGUGCUGGUACAUCACGGUUGAGUACGUGGACUGGAACGGCAAGAAGUGCGGCUUGGAGCGGAAGGAGGUCAUGAUUCACCGGUACUCCGGCUUCACGCGCGUCGCGUCGCUGCCCGUCUACCCACUGUCGUUCACGGACAGUCCCGACGAGAUCAGGAAGGCCAUGAUGGCGCGCGGCCGCCGGUUCCAGCAGCUCAGGGGGUACCACUUUCUCAACUACAACGGCACUAAGGAUGACGAUGAAGAGGAGGAGGAGCAUGAAGAGGAGCAAGAAGAGGAGCAAGAAGAGGAGCAAGAAGAGGAGCAAGAAGAGGAGGAACAGUUGGAGAUUGGUGGCCACGCCAAGCCCAGCGGACGGGACGAAGACCUGACAGAACUGUCUGAUGAGCACUGCCUUCUCACCACUCCGUGGAUUAUUGGCUUCGAACUCAAGCGGAAGCAGUGGGGCCGCUUCCUCAUCGACAAGCUGGACGACAUUGUGUGGAACGACAAGGCCUUUGACAACCUGGUGCUCCCCGGCGGCGAGAAGGAGCUGGCCUGGGAGUUUGUCGAGAGCAAGGCCAGGGCUGAGAAUGCCAUUGAUGACUUUGUCCCUGAGAAGGGACGGGGCAUCAUCAUCCUCAUGUUUGGACCGCCAGGCGUCGGCAAGACGUACACGGCCGAAGCAGUGGCCGAGAAAGCACGCGUUCCUUUGUAUUUGAUGAGCGCCGGAAUGCUCGGAACCAGCCCUCAAGUGGUCGAGCCCGCCCUCACGCACGCCCUGGAGCUCUGCCGGCUGUGGAAUGCCAUGCUGCUGCUCGACGAGGCAGACGUCUUCCUCGGCGAGAGGCUCGACGACAGUCUGAACAGGAAUGAGCUAGUUUCCAUCUUCCUCACCAAGCUCGAGUACUACCAGGGCAUUCUCUUCCUGACAACCAAUCGCUUCUCGCGCAUCGACCACGCUUUCCAGUCGCGCGUCGACCUCUUCCUCCCGUAUUACGAUCUGGGCGCCCCCGCGCGCAAGCAGGUCUGGCACAACUUCUUCGAGCAUUUCGGUCCGGACAAGUUUAACGUCUCGGCCGAGGAACUGGACCGGCUCGCGGAACUGCCCUUGAACGGCCGCGAGAUUAAAAACCUGCUCAAGAGCGCGCAGCUACUCAACGCGCGCGCUGGAGGCAAGGUUACAGCCGAGAGGCUGUACAUGCUGGCCGACAAGCGGGUGACGGCGCUGAAGAUGCUGGAGGAGCACAAUGCCAGCGUGGGCCGCUAA